UUAAAAACAAAGUAAUUAUGAAAUCUUUUAAGAGAGAAUAUAUCAUGAUGUUGAUGAUCGUAUUGUUGGUAUCAUCAAGCGAUGCGUUAUUUAGUCGGAAAAGGGUUAGAAUGAGGAUAUCUAACGGUGUAAAAGAUAAUCGUGUUCUUAACCUUCUUUGCAGAUCGGGAGAUGAUGAUUUUGGUGUUAAAACGCUAAUGUAUCAACAGUUUUUUGAGUUUAGCUUUAAACCUAACAUUCUCGGAAGGACUGUAUUUAAUUGUGAGUUUGCAAAUGAUAAAUUGCAUGUAGAUAAAAUAGAUGUUUAUGGCGGUAGAAGAGAUGGUCUCAAAUGCCAUGCAUGUUUUUGGGAGUUUCAAGAGAAGGGUCUUUGUUUGGGUGAAACUUCCAACGGUCCAUUCAAUGAUUGUCGUGUUUUAUGGAAUGAUACUAGUACGUACUAAAACAAGGAGAUGCUUAUUUUGGUGAAGCAGUGUUACAAUUUGUCACUUUUUUUGGGUUUAGCUUUAAACCUAUAUUUUCUGAAGGUCUUGUAUUUUUUUGAAGGAAUUGUUUGUUAUUAUUUUAAUUUUGAUUUUAAUUGUAUUUCUAUAAUUAUUUGAUACAUUUUUAAUAUAAAUAUUACAUGAAUAAAUAAUAAAUAUAAGUAUUUUAUAA